UGGAAGCUGGCGUGUGGGCUUUGCCGGCAGCCCAGCGCUCCCUCGCGGCGCGGCCGCGGCUUGGUUCAGCACCUCGGAAAGCGCCUCUCCCGGCGCCACGGGAUUACGCAUGCUCCUUGAGGUUCGCCGCCGCGGCCGUGCAAGUGCCACUGCAACUGGUGGGCGCCGCUGGCAACCCACCCGGAGUUGACAACCGCGGAGAGAUGCAGACACCCACUGACCUCCGGGCAGCAGAGCGAGGUGGACAGAACCCUAGGAUCUCUUUCUUUCCAAGGACGGAAACCUCGUCUAAGCAGUCCCAGAGGAAACAGCCAAAGGUAUUUGAAAGAGAGCGAGCGGCCCCAAAUCGCACGGUUAAGCGGCUGGGUGAGUUAUGCGCCAGUGCCUCAGUGACCGUGGGACACGGAGAGGGGAAGUCUGCGUUGUAUAUAAGAAUCUAGGGACUCCAAGCUUGGCCUGAGAACCCUUGGAUGCCCAGUACUUGCCUUUGGGACUGCGCUCCUCAACUCUGCUCCAAAGCAACCGCGGAGCUCAACUUCUGAGUCCAAGGCGGUUGGUUCGCUGUGCGCCAGGACUCGCUGAGUACCCAGUUCCUGAGCUCUAUCUUCAGCAGCUACUUUGAAAGCUCCCGCGCACGCCCCGCAGGCUAGCUAGACUGGGAACAAAACAGGGCGAACCGUGUUCUCUUAGGUCUUGUCCUCCGGAACAUGACCUAGAGGUACCUGCGCAUGCAGAUGGUCGAUGCAGCCCCGAUAGCCACCAUGAAUAAGGCAGGAGGCGGGGACAGGCUAGCAGAACUCGUCAGUCUGGUCCCGGACCUUCUGGAGGCGGCCAACACGAGUGGUAACGCGUCGGUACAGCUUGGGGACUUGUGGUGGGAGCUGGGGCUGGAGUUGCCGGACGGCGCGGCGCCAGGACAUCCCCCUGGCAGCGGCGGGGCAGAGAGUUCGGACACCGAGGCCCGGGUGCGGAUCCUCAUCAGCGUGGUGUACUGGGUGGUGUGCGCCCUGGGGUUGGCGGGCAACCUGCUGGUCCUCUACCUGAUGAAGAGCAAGCAGGGCUGGCGCAAAUCCUCUAUCAACCUCUUCGUCACCAACCUGGCACUGACGGACUUUCAAUUUGUGCUCACCCUGCCUUUCUGGGCGGUGGAGAACGCACUUGACUUCAAAUGGCCCUUUGGCAAGGCCAUGUGUAAGAUCGUGUCCAUGGUGACGUCCAUGAAUAUGUACGCCAGCGUCUUCUUUCUCACUGCCAUGAGUAUGGCGCGCUACCACUCUGUGGCCUCGGCUCUAAAGAGCCACCGGACCCGAGGACACGGCCGGGGCGACUGCUGCGGCCGGAGCCUGGGGAACAGCUGCUGCGUCUCCGCCAAGGCGCUGUGCCUGUGGAUCUGGGCUUCGUCCGCGCUGGCCUCUCUGCCCAGUGCCAUUUUCUCCACCACGGUCAAGGUGAUGGGCGAAGAGCUGUGCCUGGUGCGCUUCCCCGACAAGUUGCUGGGCCGCGAUAGGCAGUUCUGGCUGGGCCUCUACCAUUCGCAAAAGGUGUUGCUGGGGUUCGUGCUGCCGCUGGCUAUCAUUAGCUUGUGCUACCUGCUGCUGGUGUGCUUCAUCUCCGACCGCCGCGUGGCGGGUACUGAAAGAGGGACCGCAGUAGCUGGCGGAGGCCCGGCCGGAGCCAGUGCUCGGAGACGGUCGAAAGUCACGAAGUCAGUGACCUUCGUUGUCCUGUCCUUCUUCCUGUGUUGGCUGCCCAACCAGGCGCUCACCACCUGGAGCAUCCUCAUCAAGUUCAACGCCGUGCCCUUCAGCCAGGAGUAUUUCCUGUGCCAGGUAUACGCGUUCCCUGUGAGCGUGUGCCUGGCGCACUCCAACAGCUGCCUCAACCCCAUCCUCUACUGCCUUGUGCGCCGCGAGUUCCGCAAAGCGCUCAAGAGCCUGCUGUGGCGAAUCGCGUCUCCUUCACUCACCAGCAUGCGCCCCUUCACUGCCACUACCAAGCCGGAACCCGAGGAUCAGGGGCUGCAGGCUUUGGCGCCGCUCCACGUGGCCGCGGAACCGGAACUGCUCUACUACCCCCCUGGCGUCGUGGUCUACAGCGGGGGCCGCUGCGACCUGCUGCCCAGCAGCUCUGCCUACUGAGGUCCAGGGCGCGCUGUAGGGGCAAGGUGGCCUUCCCCACGCGGUGAAGGAGGUGAACAGAUUAAGGAAGGCUGCGUGGGGGAGGGGGGACAUUCAAGAAGUAGGUGAGAGGAGGAUGAGCAGCCUGUGUAUAGGCCGGAGAACCUUUCCUGGAGAGGGCAUGCUUUGAAAUCAGGUGGAGAGAGGAAGCUGGCAAAGGGGCAGAGACGAGCCCCACGGGCCGGACCUUCAACCUCGGUUCCACACCCCACAGCCUCUCCUUACUUUGCCCACGCUGGGCAGUGUGGGGUCGCCCAGAAGCAGAGAGAAGCAGCAAAAAUGUAAAGAAAUUGGCACAGGGAGCGGAGCUUAAUCAAAUGAUGCGCAGACAAUUGUGCCCGUUUAUUCCAGCGACUUCUGCGGCAAACUCUCCUUUGCUACUUGGUUAACUAGACUGCAGCAGCGCUAAGGUUCUGCUUGCUGCCGGGCUGCCCCAGGAAUAUUGAGUUUGGAGGCAAGAAACGUUUUUGAAGUUAAGAAAAAGAACUAACCCUUAUGGUCCGUCCCCAGGACAAAUGGCAAAGGAAAGUCACCUCCCAUGGAGCCAUUGUACCGAUUGUCAUUCCGGACGGGGCUAGCAUGGAGUCAUUGUAUCGAUUGUCAUUCCGGACUGGGCUAGCAGGAACGUGCUAAGCCAGAUCUAGCUGCAAAGCCCGGGAGCGCAAACGUUAACAGGGGAUAACACCUGUCACGAACUUGGGAGAGCGAUUCUCUGGGGAGUGGCAUCACUGCCGGAGGGAGCGGACACAGUGUGAUUAGAAGGGCUAAAUAGGGAAACUUCUUCAGGCUGCUGCCCCGAAAGGUAAAAGGAGGCUCAUAUGCUCAAUCAGUAGCAGAGUUGGAAGUGGCGCUCUGGUGCGUUGGGCUCUGGAAGCCCGGGCGCUCCAUUUCCUGUGAGAGCACCUUGGGUGCCUGUACGCACUCUGGUCUGUGUGCUGCCGGUGAGCUGGGCCCAGGAGCAUCCUGAAUAGCUCUACCGGGAGGAGUGGGGGCACUUCUGCAGUUCCUCCCUUCCCAUGCUUUGAGAAUCAAGCCGUCCCUUUGAUUGAGGCUCUGGACCUGCGAGUAGAGGGAUGGUUCAGUAUUUUUUGUUUGUUUUUUGGUGUCGUUUUGUUUUGGGGGGGUAGGCUUAGAUAGAAGAGCAAGAAAUGCCGCAGAAACGUGCAAGGGGAAUGGCGGCGGCGGGGUGGCAGAGUGCGGAACAUGGAAACCAAAUUCCUAGAAGCUGGGUCAGAUCUUUCAAAAGGAGGUGUGGGGUAGGAAAGAAAAUAGAAGGUCCAUGUACUCUGUCCUAAAGGGAGCAGAAUACUGGAGAAAAACCAGAAUUUCAGGUGUGGGCGUCUUUAUUGCUUUUAUUAUUGACAAGAGAAGGUAGGAAAUAGAAAUUCCCAUGGGACAGUACCAUCGCCGAUUUCCAUUUAUUCUAAAGAGUGCUUUACACAGUGAGCAUGCAUGACAAAUUCUUCCCCAGCCUCCAGACAGUUUAUGGAGCUGUCUCUGAAGACACACAGUUCUCAUGUUGACUCUGUUCUUAUCACAGCAGUUUAAGGUGUUAAAACCCCUCACAACGUCCUUUCUUGAGGCUCUUCUGAGAACUGGAAUCCAACAUCCGUCUACUCACCCAUCUGCCGGCUUUGAUAGAGGUACUACUGCUCUCUUUGGCAACCUAGUUUGGGGUCAGGAAAUCAAUGAUGCAGGCACCCACUGGGUGGUUAACAGCCAUUCAUAAAACAUGUCUGUUUAAAGAGCCUCUUAAAGAGAAUCGUUUAGUAAUGUUGUUGAAAGUUUUCUGUAGUAGCUGAGAUUCAGGGCUCAAAAUGUGAGAUCUACAACUCCCACUUUCCUUGCCCCGCCUUCUGUGAUUGUAAAACACUGCAGUGACUAAACACUCAUGCCUUCCCACAAAAGCAAAAGGUGCCAGUCUCGAUCCUGAGCAAUCCUGAGAAGUCAGCUCUUUUAGAAAACAAAAUGGUGUGUUUGUUUUGAAGCAGUACAUUGUUUUCUUCACCCUUUGGGAAGAGCAUUUAUUGAUAUUGAUAUUGAAUAGCAAUUGGGCUAACAAAGACUGAAAUGAAGCUCCACAAAAAUUCCCCAAAUACAAAAUCCAUGAAAAAGUAAACACAGGAAAGAGCCAACAGGAGUGUGGUAGCAGAUCCAUCUAUAACACUGAUAAUAGACUCCUACUGAGAAAGUCUUAUCAAAGCACCUUGCCAUUUCAAUUUUAACAAUAAAAUAAUGUGUGGGUAGCUCAGAAUUUUUAGGAAAAGGUGUUGAAGUUGGUACAUCUGUGGCUAUGGACACUAGAAAAACAGAAGAGAAGGAGCUGGAGGAAUGGUCUUUAAAAAGAAAAAAAACCUCUGUAAAAAGGGUCACUUUGUCCAAAUCCCAAGCUCAGGGCUUCAGAGAGCAUGGCAGGAGGGAUCAAAGAUCAUGACUUUGACCUACCACAAGGACAAAGGGUCACCAAGGAAAUGCUCAGAUCAACUGUAAUCAACAAUUACUUUUUGAGCACCUGUUGUGUGCCAACCCCUGUGCAGGGUACUGAGGUCAUGUACAUGAACCAGAGAAAUUUCUGACUUCCACAUGUAAUAGGACAGACAGCCAUGAGCACAAGAAGAUAAGACAGUUGAAUGUCAAAAUAAGGCUGAAAGAAAAACAAAGGAAGGAAAGGUUGAUCCCGCUAGGAGAUCAGACUUCCUGGUCAAAAUAAUAUUUGAGAUAGGCCUAGAUAUAGGGGCACAAUUUGGGCAGAAUGGCAAGGGUGGGUUGGGAGGUAGAGAGGAUAUUCAAAGCUCAUAAUAUGUGGUGAGUAAAAGCUUUGAUGUUGGAAUGUCAGCUGCUUGGUGGGGGAAGCAGGAAGCAAAGUAGUAGGGAUUCUUUUUCUCCUGUAGGAUUUCCCAAGAUUUCUGUUAAGAGUAUAUGCCCUUGUACUAGCUUUAUUUGUCUGGAGAAAGGAAAUUUCUUUUGCCAGAAAGAAUAUGUCAUUGCUAUACUGAGAACAAAUACUUAGAUACCCAAAUGUCGUGGAAGACUCAAAAUUCGAUUAUAUUUAUUCAUUCAAACCUCAAGGGAGUUGAGUUCGAUGAGCAUUUGCAUAUUUGUGUGUGUGUGUGUAUGCAUGCAUGCACACACAUGUACCCUGUGGUUAGUAAGGGAUGACUACAUUUGACUUCUUGGGGAUUUAAUAAGAUGACCCUCAGCUAUGGGCCACCUUUCCAGCUGGCCCAUCUAUUCAUUUCCAAAUCUUCCACAUCAAAACAGUUAUUGGAGAAAUGGGCAGGAAAUAAACACUGAACCCUGGAGAAGAUUCCAUUUUUAAACCUUGCAGAGAUCAAGUACAGGUAGGGGAAGCCAGAGAGAUGGCUUGUUGCUGUUUCUUUUCUAAUGAUAAGAGCUAUGUGCCAUGAGGUCCUCUGAGCAUUUACUCAUCCUCAUCCCACACAAUGGGGUUGGGAGCAGGUGUCUUCCCUAAUGGCUUCUCUAACUGAGUCAUUAACUUAUUUCUCCAGGAUGGAUGAUGGCAGGGGGCUAAGAGGGUGGAGUAGAGAAGGGGUAGCUUUGCAUAUAUUCUGUAAAAAGAAUAAGAUUAUUUUAUUUGGGAGUGAAUAUACUAAUAGAAUACAGGAGGACCUGACUGGGAAGCAGAAAAUGAGAAGCACCCAUGUGGAGAGGAAGGGAGUGAGGCUUGGAGGGUGAUAAGUAAAACAGCAUGCUCAAGCCUGAGAAGACAGCCUCGCUGGGUCUGGAAAACACCAGAGAUUUGGGAGAAUGGGACACACUGCAGGAGUCUGGAUAUUGAAGCCACAUGUCCUGCAGGUGACGAGGUUGAGCAUGGGGUGGGAAGAAGUGACCACUUUAGCAUAAGCCCCUGCCCCCGACAUACACACCAGAAGUGGCCAGAUUCAUGAGGGCAUUUCAGAUAUCCUGCUCCACACCACUGGCACUGCCUCAGUCACAGGUGCAAGAACCAAGUAGCAGCAAAGAGUGGGCUCUUUAAAGGCGAAGGAGGCAGUCAUAGAAUUGAAGCAACAAAGAGGAAGCCCAAACAGCAGCAGGAGGCAGAGAGUGCGUGUGAGAUAUCAGAGAUGCCACUGCCUUUUGAGACCUUGGAGAGAUUAGGAAGGAGAAGGAGGCUGCAGCACAGAAUGACAACAAAUGGCUCUAUGCUCCUAGGCUGGCCGACUUCGGCAGGUACUGCCCUUAGACCUGGGCAGCCAGGACCCCUGGUCUGGAUGUCAUCAUUAGAGGACCCUGUUCUGCACCUGCCCCUUUCCACAUAGCAAGCAGUUCACAGGGCCUCCUGGAGCCUGUGCCUCCCCAAUCUUCCCACCUGCUAGAUUAUGCUUCUGUAGCUGAGACCUUAGAUUCCUUGUCCAAAUUGCCCUGAGUCUACUUACAAGGAAUCCAUGGGUCCUUUCUUGAGUCCAUCCUCCAGAGCAAAGUCCAUGCUGCUGAGUCUGUCCACCCUUAGGUGGUUAAGGGUAGCCAUUUGUAGAAGCGGUAGAUGGUGGAGGCAGGUGGGAGGCUACAGAUGUGGAGCAGAGAGAAGAGUGGGGGAAGCAGAGAAGAGGGAUGGGCUAUGGACCACGUGCCUCCAUUCAUGCUCUUGCCCUGGACCAUGCAGAUGUGAGCAGCUGUAUGAAGGAGGACCCAAAGCCCAGCAAAAAACAAUCAGAGCAGGCCUGCUCUUCUCAGGAGGCUGCAAAUGAGCUGACCCUGCAGGGGCCUGGCCAUGCUACGGAAUCCACUCAUUCUCCUAGGCACUGGACACACAGAAGCAACACCCCAAAUCCCAAAUGUCCCAGUUCUAAAAAGCAGCUCAUUUCCCUUCUCCACAUUCCCUUCCAGCACCAAUGAUUUUGGUCAGUUACAAGUUGAGCUGAGACAAUAGCUACUCUACCAGAUCCUAGAUCAAGUAAGAAGACGAACCACCCAAUUCUAACUUCUACAAGUGUGGGCAGAUCUCUAUUCUGCACUGGUCGGGCACAUUCAGGGUUGGGUAGGCAAAUACUUAAGACUGGGGCAGAUCUAUUGGGGACAGGACAGUGAGUCUUUAACAGUAGUGACGAUCGCUAGCUCCAAUCAAAUGCCAGACACCAAGCUAAGUGCUGUCCAUACAGAAAGCAGCAGAACCAAAGUGGCUGUGUUCAAAGCCCAGCUCUGUCACUUAAGAAUUGUGUGGUUUCAGACAAGUUCUAUCUUUCUGCCUCCAUUUCUUCAUCUAAAAAAUGGAGAUUGGUAACAGCGCCCACUUCCGCAAUUGCUGUUAUCAUUAAAACAUUUAGAAUAGUGGUAAGGACUCCAUCAAUAUCACAGUUUGUGUUUUGUUGUUUGUUUGUUUGUUUUGAGACCAGAAGAACUCACUUUGUCUCCCAGGGUGGAGUGCAGUGACACAAUCAUAGCUCACUACAGCCUCGGUCACCCAGGCUCAAGCAAUUCUCCUACCUCAGCUCCUCCAAUAGUUGAGACUGCAGGCAUGCACCACUAUGCCCAGCUAAUUUUUAAAACAUUUUUUGUAGAGAGAGGGUCUCCCUAGGUUUCCCAGGCUUUUCUCGAACUCCUGGCCUCAAGUGCUGGGAUUACAGGUAUGAGUCACCAUGCCUGAACCAAUGUUAUGUAUUAUUAGUCAUCACAACUCUGAGAUAGCAAUUCUCAUCACAAAUGUCUAAGUGAGCAAGGGUGUCUUGGGGAGAUUACAUAGUUUGCCGCUGAGUGGCAAAGCCGGGAUUCAAAACCAACUUAUUCCAAAACAUGAUUUUUAUUAAACCGUGCUGUCUCUCAAGGCGGCUGAAAACCUCACCAUGCGGAAAGCAGUUGAAGGGGUAUGGUUAAAGAAAAACUGCUUAGCUUGGAGAAGAGAAGAUCAUAGCAGAAACAGGGGGUUGUUUUUUCCAGACUUUCAUAUCAAAUCCAGAGGACAAAACAAGGGUGCUGACUAGAGAGAAAUAUUUUUACUGUUCUAUGAAAUGAACUAUUUUAAAGUGGUGACUCCUCCAGCAUGAGAUGUUUGAGUAGACUUGUCAGGGGUAUCAUAAAGUAAUAGGAAUUAUGAGCAAAUUAUGAAUAAAUCAAUAUCAGAGAAAAAAUUACUAGUAAUAUUUUGAAUAUUCGUGAAUUUGAUGAAAUAUAUGACUCCCCGGCUGAGCGUGGUGGCUCACGCCUGUAAUCCCAACACUUUGGGAGGCCAAGUCAGGCGGAUCACCUGAGGUCAAGAGUUCGAGACCAGCCUGACCAACAUGGAGAAACCCCAUCUCUACUGAAAAUACAAAAUUAGCUGAGUGUGGUGCUGCAUACCUGCAAUCUCAGCUACUCAGGAGGCUGAGGCAGGAGAACGCUUGAACCCAGGAGGCAGAGGUUGCAGUGAACUGAGAUCAUGACAUUGCACUCCAGCCUGGGCAAGAAAAGUAAAACUCCAUCUCAAAAUAUAUAUAUAUAUAUAUGACUCUCCAAUAUAUAUGGACCCCGUGGCAAAAAAUCAAAUCAAAUCACUUCAUAGAACAUAUCCAAGCAUUGUGUGUGGAAUUAGUCUGCUUCUCGGGCCUCAGCAAGGCCUGUAAUGCCCUGUGGAAAGCAGCUCCUUCCUCUCCCACCCCUGCACCGAGAUGCAACAAGGAAGGCAUGUGUAGGUGCUACCACCCACACUUACCCCCUGCCACCAAUGCAUGGGGGCAUAGUCCAGGCAAAGGUUGCCUGAAAU